UUGCUUUUUUACCCGCCUAGUCACUUCCUCCGUGGGGUCGUGUAGAUGCUCGGUGCUCACGUCGUGUCAGCCGCAGAGAUGUAACCGUGGGCGGGCGUGACAGGCAGCCUUAACCGGGGGGUUACUGAUUAAUCCAGGUCCGGGGCGACAAGCCUACAUAUAAGACAUGCAUGCCGGCUGCGGGCGAACGUAAAUCUGUGAGGCGGAUGACAAGCUCUCCAUUCAGCGGUGUGUCUGAGGUGAAGACGGGACGAGUCGACCUGAUCACACAUAGGCAUUUCUGAGGGGUUUGUAAUAGUAGCCAGGCUCCACAGACCUUUAAAUACAUCUCAGAAAGUCGUUCAGCACCACGUGGUGUAAAGUGAGCCACAGGCCAGGCUGACUGGACAGAGCUGCAGGGGACCUUUCAGACUUUCAGAGAAGACUUGGCCAGAAUCAAGCCAAAAAAACCUUCCUCAGACUGAGAAACGUCUGCAGAUCAUCGCUCGUCGGGUGAGACCUCAGCUCGUUGCCUGCGGUGAGGAGAAAGCAUCUGUUCGAACUUUGCUUCUACUGACUGCCUCGUCUGAAAUGCAUCUUUCUCUCAUUCGUUUGUCUUAAACGACACGACUGUAGUGAAUGGGGAACAUAAUUUGUAUGCUGCCCAAGUUCAGGCAGGAUCUCAAGCAAGCCCGGAGAGGGGUAAUGCACCUGCCUCUUUUGCUCAACCUGUAGUUACGAAGAGUGCCAGGACAGGAGCUGAGGGGCCAGGAGCCGCGUCUAUGGGAUAGAGCAACCGUGCAGAUCAGGCGAAAUCACUCUGGUCAGAAGGAAAGCUGUGAAAGCGCCGUCCAGCCUGUGUUUUUUUCCGUUUCUUUACUCUAAACUUUAAACUUUAAGGCUUCCGCAUGGUACUCUGGUCGAAAGAGCAAGACAAACUGUCCACCGACAUGUCCACCGGGACAGAAAGAAUAGAGAUGAAGAAGGAGGGAGCGCCGCCGGCCUACCACCAGUCCAACGGGUCCGUCCAUCCGGUCAUACUGCCCAGCGACCCAGAGGAGAGGCAGCCCAACGCUGGAGAGUACGAGCUCACAGAGGUGACCUCCUUCUCGGACCGGCCCGAGCAGGAAAGCGACCGGUCCGAAAUGGUCGUUAUUGACUGUCGGGCCAACGCCAAGGGGCAGAGGGAAGAGGACGCUCUCUUGGAGAACGCCAGCCAAAGCAAUGAAAGUGACGACACAAGUACGGACCAAAGCCCGGUGCCGCCGGUUCCACUGAAGGAGACGUCCUUCUCCAUCGGACUCCAGGUCGUGUUCCCUUUCCUGCUGGCGGGGUUUGGAACAGUGGCCGCUGGCAUGGUCCUCGACAUAGUUCAACAUUGGAAGGUGUUCUCUGAGGUAAAUGAGGUUUUCAUCCUGGUGCCUGCUCUUCUGGGCCUCAAGGGGAACCUGGAGAUGACGUUGGCCUCUAGACUUUCUACUGCAGCUAAUAUUGGACAGAUGGACACCGCCAAGGAGAUGUGGAAAAUGAUCAUGGGAAACCUUGCGCUAAUUCAGGUUCAGGCCACCGUGGUCGGCUUCCUGGCCUCCAUCGCUGCAGUAAUUUUUGGCUGGAUCCCAGAGGGCCAUUUCAAGAUGGGCCAUGCAGUUCUACUCUGUGCCAGCAGUGUAGCUACAGCCUUCAUAGCCUCCUUGCUCCUAGGGCUUAUCAUGAUCGGGGUGAUUGUCGCUUCCAGAAAGGUUGGCAUUAACCCAGACAACGUGGCCACCCCCAUUGCUGCCAGCCUUGGAGACCUGAUUACCCUGGCCUUGCUGGCUGGCAUAAGCACAGGACUCUACCAGGAGCUGGAUUCUAACGAUUAUGCCAAUCCGCUGGUGUGUGUCUUUUUCAUCGCCCUGACACCUGUCUGGAUCCUGAUUGCCAGACGAAUCCCAUCCACCCGAGAAGUGCUCUACUCAGGGUGGGAGCCUGUCAUCAUCGCCAUGGCGAUCAGCAGUGUUGGGGGACUCAUCCUGGAUAAGACUGUGACCGAUCCCAACUUUGCUGGCAUGGCAGUGUUCACACCAGUCAUUAAUGGUGUGGCUGGCAACCUGGUGGCAGUGCAAGCCAGUCGGAUCUCCACCUACCUGCACAUGAAUGGCCUACCCAUCUCAGAGCCCAACCCCUCCCCACAAAAAUGCCCCACACCUUGCAGCACAUUCUUUGGCUCAGGCGUGAAUUCUCGCUCAGCCCGAGUGCUCUUCCUCCUGGUGGCUCCUGGUCACCUGGUCUUCCUGUACACCAUUAACUCUAUGAGGGCUGGACACACCACUCUCACCUACGUCUUCAUUGCUUUCUACCUGGCUGCUGCAUUACUCCAGGUGAUGAUCCUGCUGUACCUGGCUGACUGGAUGGUCCAGUGGAUGUGGAAGCGAGGGAUGGACCCUGACAAUUUCUCCAUCCCCUACCUGACCGCCCUGGGUGACCUGCUGGGGACCGGCUUCCUGGCUCUGUGCUUCCAUAUCCUGUGGCUGAUCGGGGACCGAGACACAGACGUGGGCGACUGAAACUCUAGCCAAUCAGCUGUGGACUUCAUGCCUCCUCUCUCCAACCAAGACGAGUGUUUAUUUAUAAUACCAUGUAGAGUAAUGAUACCUACAUUAUAACGGCUACAAUAGCCACUAUGAUUAUAAUGAUGACUUAUAAUACUAUUGCUAUAGUAUUGGUAUGUAAUGAUUAUUACAUUAUUGCUUAUCUUUUUGUGGGAGAACAGGAAUCCUCAUUUAUUUUUCAAUGGGGAUGUUCAGCCCCCUUAUAUGGUCAGUCAUGUUGGCAGCAAUGAAAAAAAAAAACGUUUGACUUGAAAUUUUCACAAGCAGCAAAAAAGCAGAUACAGAAUGCUCAAUCACCAAGUGCUCUAGUGAUGUAAAUGAAAAAAAGCUCUUUAUUCGAUGGCAGGUGGUGAAAAGUUCUGGCCGAACGUGGCUCAGCUCUUCUCGGCUGGAAGCAAUUGAUGAAAAUUUUCGGACCACAGCAGAAGUGAACUGAGUAGAUUUAGAUAACCUCUCCUGUGCCAGAAGUUUAUAGGUCCUCAUUCAUCAGUAAAAAACUAGAUAAACUGGAAUGUUUUUAACAUCUUUUGGCAAAGCAGGUUAGCGACGAGCAAACCAAAACAAGGCAAGGAAAGUCCAUGCAGGUCAUUGCAGUUUUAAGUCCUAAUGCUGGACCUGAAUGUGGAUGUUUUACAGCAGGACAUGAAAGAAUGAUAUAAUAACGGUCAUGCCCACGAUUCUUACAGCGGAGCCUUCAGGUCAGGUCCUGAGUAUCUUCUCUACGAAUAGAGAUAGCAAACAAGAACAUGCUGUUUCAUUGUUUUCACUCAAAUCCGUUAAGUUCUCAGUAUGUGCAAUGGGAUUCUUUAGUUGUUUACUUUGAUGGCGAAACACUUAAAAGAUAAAAUAUCAGUCUAUGCCUGGAUUACGUAUUUAGUGUUCAGUUGUGUUUACACCAGUUUCACUUAAUCUGAUGUUGUCGAGGUCACGAAGAUUGUAAUGUGCUGUUGGGCCACUAUUGCGACCUUUGCGGCUGUAGAUCUCCUCCGUGGAUUGCACAGUUGGGUCAAAAUGAUGGGCUCCUGUACUGUAUAAGUAGUGAAACAAGUGCACUAAUUAUGGUCGUCAGCUAGACCUUGUUUUUGAGGCAGGCAAAGUGAGCAGAUGAGUGGGUUGCGUAUGGUUCAUACAGAGGCCACUAUUUUAUCAAGUAUGUUACUGUGCGGGUUUCCGAGCAUGUAUAUCAGAACACUUCGCUUUAUGAGACACUCUUUGUAACAAUAAUGAAGUUCCAAAUAAUUGUGCUACGGAGCUUAAUGUCAAAAGGGCUAUUUUUGUAAAAGCUGCACCAUUGCAUGGAAUGUGCAUUCUAAAUAAGAGACGCUGCCCAAAAUGGCGGUAACACUUUACUCUAGGAUGCUGUUCAUAAGGCUACAUGACACCUACAUAAGCUUGUCAUGACAACUGACAUAAUCCUACAUAAAUGUUUAUAAAUACUUAUUCUCAUUCGCUAUAAAGGUUACGUUUGCCAAUUUUCAUCAAAGUUAGCUGAAGUAGCCUUUAUGACAUGACGCCUGUUGGAAUAAGCAUUUAUAAAACAGUUAUGUAGGUGUCAUAAUACUUAUGUAGGUGUCAUGUAGUCUUGAACAACACCCUACGGUAAAGUGAUACCAAAAUGGCUUUCUCAGAGCUGCUUUAAUGGAUAGGCCCAAAUCUGAUUUGGUGUCAUGAAUGACUGGAAUUGGCGCUUGUUCUUCAGUGCUCUUUAGCAGAAGUUUUACAAGGAUAAAAAAAAAAAGAAAUGGCACAAAAACUUGAGCUAACGGAAUGGCUUGCUUAAACAGAAGAGAAAAGAAAAGAAAAGAAAAAAUUGCUUGUUUAAAAAGAAAAAAAAAGUAAUUCUUACCUCGGUACUAGGCUUUAGGAAAGUAAACCCUUUAACUCAUUUUAAUCACUGGUAUAUACAUGUAAAUGCACACAGUCUGAGUCAAAUAUGACUCCCACGAGGCUCUGUGUCCUCGUUGUCCUGCUUUAGGCUGCUGUAGCAGAAGGUCCGUCUUUCUUUUAUGUUCUACAAUGGGGCCAGCAAAAUGAAUUGUGCAGGGCACAUAACAUUUAAAAAAAUUGACAUAAAAUUCCCUUUUUUCCUUCGCUUUGUUCCUUUUUUUCCCUCCUAUUAGCCAAGCUUGGGAUACUGUAGAUGUUGGGUCUUUUUCUUUGUUUUGUCUCCGGCAUUUGACUUCUCUCCUACACGCUACCACAACGUCCAAACAGUCCACUGUGCAAAGCGUACUGUAAUACCAUUUGCCACAAGCGGUCACUCUUCUGAAAAGAGUUCCCAGUGUACUAACUGCAAUACGCAUGUAUACAAUAUGCCACUAUGAUGCAUUCAACCAUCCUGAACUUGUCUUACUGUGCAAACUUGUGCAGCUUGUUUCUUAAAAUGCAAGUUGUGCCGCCAUCGUCCCGUUACAGCCCUUCGGUUGUGAAUACUUCUUCAGGGGAUGGGAUAUUCUGUUUAUUUAUUUCUAGAGAUGCAUACAAAGCAAAUUGUAUAUAAUAUAUUUAUUCUAUAAAUAUGCUGAAGUUGUUUAUUUUUCAUUUUAUUCAGUGUCUCAGUUUCACAUUGCUUUUUUUUUGCAUUGGGCCAGUAGAGGUAUUUACUGUAAUUUGUUUAUUUUUAAUUAACAAACAUCAGAUGUUGGUGCCUAAUACCCUACAGAAACCUCACACUCAAGCUGGUUCAGCAGUACACUGAACAUAGUAUGCCUUAACAACAGCACGGCUGAACACCAAGUAGCUGUUUUUUUUUCCCUAUUUUGCUUUUUUUUAUUCAGCAAGUUGUUUUUAAUAUAUUGAUUUUAAUGACAUCAGAUAAGAAAAUAGCAAAACUGAGCUGUUUUGCUGUCAGCAGAGGAAGAAUCACUGGUGCCUGAUCACGGGUAGAAGAGCAGGAACGACAGCGAUGGUGGAUCAUAGCUAAACAAGGCCCCAUAUGUCCUGUACUACACCAUUAAAGUCAGUUUGGCAAGGAAUCAGAUCACACUGUUUACUCCAAAUGCAUGUUAUCAACCAAAACAUGUUUGGUGCCCGAAGGUCAUUUUGUUUUGCACUGGAGCUCCAAGGCUAAUGUAGCUAACAUGUACUGGAAGCAUACACCCCACCAAAUAGCACCAACCAAGCUACCUGCCUCAAACCGUGGUGAGGAGGCCAUAUUCCCCAUAAAACCCCAUUUUCAUUGAUUUUAUAAAAUAGAGUUUGAUAGUUUGAUAAUAUGUAACCAUUGAUAAAGUUUCAAAACAUACCGUCCCCCAGUCUGUAUACAAUAACUAAACCACAAAAACUGCACUGUUUUUGUGACGUUUACGUAUAUAUGCUUAUUCAGGCCUACAGCAGCUUAGCCCCGCCCAUUAUUGCUUAGGUUUUAAGAAGUGUUUCAGACUGCUUUCUGAAUCAGACACAAUUCAGGGCACCUAAUCAGAACCGAGAUCUUUCACAUAUAUCAAUUUUAAAGGGGCACUAACAAAAGCAGCCUGAUCAAUCAUAAAACACUGAAAUACGUGAAAGUACAAUAUGGGCCUUUUUACUUAAUCUUAAAGAGUAACUCCACCCUAAGACCUUUUUCAUUAACAGCUGAAAUGCACUGCUCUGUAAUAAUAAAAUAUACCAGCCUUGCUUGAAAUGUGAACACCUUUCCAAACUGUAAAAAUAUCAUUUUUAUCGUGGUCAGUUCCGCCUCUGCAGCGCCCCCUCUGCUUCAACUCUGCUUUAGGCACGAAUGAUGUUGUCUUCGUACUUCGUCACAGUAUGCAAAUCUGUCAAACAACGUUACCGCCCCCUGAUGACACUCUACUCAUGCUGCACUCAUAAAUAUGAAAGCGUAGGAGCCGAGAGUGAGGAGAUAACCACACUCACACGCUGAGCUAAAUACCCUCAGCACCACCUCACAAGGCUGCGAUCUGCCAGCUGUCUGUACCAACUGUAAAUAACCCAGUUAGUCUGAGCUCAGUUUGGAAUAAAGAUGUUGAACCAAUUAAGUGAGGAUUCUUGCGAGUCUCCUUAAAGCUGCCAGGGUUGUAUCUGAUUCACGUUUCCCUUCACAACUUAGACCCUCAGGCGCGACUCACUGAACAGAAAUCAACGGCAAGCAACACUGGAACUACGGAAAGAGAAACGGUUCAGGAAAGGUUAACGUUAAAUGGCCAUUGUGUCAGCCUUUUGUCCGUACAGCCUUUCUCAGACUUUCUUCCCGCUUUCCGUAGUUCCAGUGUUGCUUGCCGUUAAUUUCUGUUCAGUAGGUUUGCACGACCAAGGGCUCAGUUUAUACAGGUGAAUGUGAAUUUGAGGGGGAACUGAAUCGGAUGUAACACCGGUUAGUGCCAUGAACAGCUUGCGGAUUUAGGAUUUAGGGCCACUGCAGCAAACCCUGACUGACCGGUGAUGCAGGCAUUGAUGUCAAACUGAAUGAAACUUAGACAGACAGUGUUCAAAUAAAUCCACUUUAUUCAUUCGGAAUUCGGUGCAUCUACGAAAUCAGGACUCGGGUUAUAUCGAAUAUGGACCUGCUGAACAGAUCAUUAGAAGCUGGCUGUCACGGUUUCACUGGAAUGUUGUACUGUUCGGCGCCUCUGCCGCUCGCUGAUAAUCAUUUUUUGGCACUAUGUUAACUCUUCGGUGGUUUGAGUCAGCGGCUCAUACUGUUAAGGCUCAAGACGCACUGCCUGAUCAGAAACACCUUCCCUCGUCGAAGAUGGGGAUGGUAGUAGAGAAAAAUCGUCAACCUCUCAGUUGCAAAAGUGCCGUUUGAUUCUGUCUCUCUCCAUAUUGUCUGGUAGCUAACGUACGCUAGCUCUAAAAACACAGCAGCCCAGCCCACCCAGUUUCCCUCGCAGCCCCACCUCCAAACCGUAGAUCACUGCAGUGCCCCUCCCAGCGAGCCCCUCCCAUUUUUGAGCAUUUUUCAAAGUUGAGCCAGGGCUGGAGUCAGCUGAACAUAGUGGGGUGUAGUUACUCUUUAACCAGGCUUGCUUAUAUUGUUUCUGACACUGGAUGACGUUCUGUUAUGUAUAACAGAAGUAUGUUGUCUAGCUGAAAAACAUAGUAGCAACUAUCCAAAUGAAUAAAAGCAUGGACAAAUUUUAGGCAUCACAAUAGGCACUUCUGCACCAAGCAUGUUGUGGCACAUCGACUACAGGGGAAAACUGUUGAUCUUCUUUGCCGAACUGUCACACACUUAUUCCAAGACCUCCUUUCUUCUAAGUAGGAUCCAAAAACACAGGCCCUAAUAGGCCCGGAGUUCGGGAACCUCUCACCAUGUUUGAAAUCUCUCACUGUGGUUAAAAAGGGCUCCUGUUCUGGUGAUGUGAUGUACGCCUCUCACUGAGGCCUGAAUGAUGUGUAUAAACGAGUAAUCCAGUCUUUUCCUGUCUUACUGCUUCCUUUUACCCUUCACCUGCUCCACUCUGCUGCUCAAGAGGGGACUCAACAGAGGUACUUGUAAAAUCGCUGGAAAUAAAGGAAUAUAUUAUUUCGUAUCA